CCAAUGGAACUGGAUGCUACGGAAGGUCGACGAUCGCAGGGCAGGAAGCAGUACAAAGGGAAGAGUUCGAUGACUCGCUAUGGAUGUGGCAAACAAGGCCACAUGGCAAGGAAUUGUCAUUCGAAGAACAAGGUGCCCCGGAGAAAAUUCAACAUGACACAGCGCAAGCCAGAAGAGCUCCGGCCCGGAAAGCCGAAACCAGAGACAGAGAAUCUGAUCCUCGAACAUGGUCGCCAUGAUUUACUUAUCUGGACCUUCUGUUAUGACGACAGCUGCCUAGUCUAUUACGACGCUAAGAUGGGAUCUGGAUGGUUUCCUACUCAGCCGAGA